AUGCAUAGUGCGCUGUUGAGUUCAACAUCGCUAAUUCCUCGACCACCAGACGAUGAGGAUGCUCGAAUCGUUAUUGACCGCUUAGCAGAAUUUGUUGCAAAAAAUGGACUGGAAUUUGAAGAACGUACUAGAGUCAAACAGUAUGGUGAUCCACGCUUCGCAUUUUUGUAUGGUGGUGCAUUCGCUGAUUAUUAUCGCUUUCGAGUAGUACAGGAAAUUCGAAAAUUAAGUGUUGGGACUUCCCCUGCAGUUUUGGCCCCACUUCCAAGCAUUCCAAUUCCGCAACUUGACAUAAAUACUGCCAUGGCUCAAAUAGCAACGCUCAAUCAACAGAUUGCUGACAGCGAGUCAAACUUGAGAGCACAGUUUGAGUCCAUCGAGCUACAGAAAGAAGCACAGCUUGCAUUAUCAAUCGAGAAAGCUGAAGCUGCCAAGAUAGCAUCCGUAUGUGAGCAAGUCGCACUUGAUGUAGAACCUCUUUCAAGAAUGCUUGAUCACCUUAGCGGACAUUGUAGUAAGGAUGUUAUUUCGAAUAGCAAAAGAUGGAUAUUUGAAAAAUGCACUACUGAUCGAUUACGUGAAGCCAUUCUUAUGUAUCUCCUUUACCGUGUUAAGGAACCACGUUCUACCGAACAGUUUAAACUCCAUAUAUUAUAUUUAAUAAAUGAUUGGGCUCAUCACUGCCAGCGCAAAAAGUUGGAUGCAAUCCGUCAGAUGUUGUCGCGAUAUGUACCACAACUUUACGCUUUCACGGCUCAGGGGGUUAAAGAUGCCUCAGUGAAUGAAAAGCUGGAGAAAUUGAUCGGUGUAUGGGAAGGGCAUAAAUAUUUUGACGAUGGCUGUUAUAAACAGCUACGAAAUCCAUUGCUGUUGUAUCAAAACUGGAAAAAUGCGCAACAAGCAGAAUAUGCAAAAUUGGCAAUAGAAAUUCAUGCUCAGCUAAUGGCAACCUAUAACGGUUAUGAACAGCAGCACAUAGAAUUUGCAUUGCAUUGCAGAACUCAGAUUGCGCUGCUUCAACAGCAAAUUGAGGCCGAAAGAAGAAAGCAGAACAUCCCUCCACCUGCUGGAGGUACAGUACUACCACCAGCAACCAAUGAGUGCCCAUUGUCAUUGAAUCGUCGUGAACGCCGAUCACGAUUUGAUCAGAAGAUUGCGGGACCACCACCACCAGUUUUGAAUAAUUUUGUUGCUCCUCCUUUAGAAAAGGAUUAUGGUCGAUUUUUUUCUGCGCCACCACCACAUACUAAUGUACCAUCACCGCAAGAUAUUUAUCAUGCUCGACCUGAUGAAGACGAAUCAUCUUAUCCUGUUUUCGGUGAUAAUGAAUUUAACCGUACUAGAAAUGUUAUUAAUCGAAAAAAUGAAAAAAACAUCCAAGAUUCUCGUAUAUCGUUUCGUCCUCCUCUGCAAGUUCCAGCUUUCGGAAUUCCGCUGCAGGGUGUUUUCGAUGAUAGUGCUUUAAUUCCUAGCGUUCCUUAUUACGAACUUCCAGCGGGUAUGAUGAUGCCUCUUAUUGAAAUGGAAGAUGUACUGUAUAAACCUGUAAUAGUGUCAAAACUACGCCUUCCGCCACCAAUUCCUCCAACCGAAAGAUUGGUACAUGCUAUUGAUGCAUUUUACGCAGCAUCAAACGUAGAAAGUGCAAGAGAUGCAGAUGGUUGGGAACUACAUGGUCUAGCAGAUUAUUUUGCAAAGAAAAGUGAAAUUCUGAAGCAAGUGGAAGAAAAACUCAAAAGUGAAGGAAAGACAUUAGACGAUGCUAUUGAGAAUGUUUGCACCGAAGAAAAUUAUGAAGAAGAACGUAAAGUCGAUAUCGUUCGAGUUCUUCUGAUUCUUCAUCUUCUCGGUCAAGCUCUUAUUAUAGUAGCAGAUCAAGACACCAUUCAAGAAGUCGUUCUAGAUCAAGUCGAAGCUCAAGUUCGAAGUCCCGUUCACGAUCUCGGUCUCGAUCACGUUCAAGUUCAAGUUUUAAUUUACGGAUGUUUUCGGUAUAAUCGCGAAAAAUCGCGGUCAGAUUCACCCAGGUGGCGUAGAACUUCGAAUUUACGAAGUGUUUCUCCAGAAGUACGACCGUCAUUUGGUUAUCAUACAAAAGAGAACAACAGUCGAAGUCCCACUCCUAAAUUCGUUCUUCCUCCUGGACCGCCACCACGAAUAAGUUUAACGAAUAAAGGUGCGCAACUACUAGCGAAAAUGGGUUGGCAAGGUGGAGGUUUAGGUGCAGAAAGCCAGGGAAUUGAGGAGCCUGUUCCUAGCGGUGAUGUUCGAGAUGCAGUAGAUCAGUUUCGAGGUGUCGGUUCAAGACCAGAUAUGUUUGAAGAAUAUCGGAAACAAAUGAGUGGAUACCAUAAAACUCGUAAUAAACGAGGUUUCGAUUAA